GGGGCUGGACGGGGCUGGGGUUCGAGGCGAGGGGGUAGCCAAUAUCAUCCUCAGCGCCAAGCGGAAUGGUUGGCCUUGCUUGGCCUGCGCUUGCUUGGGCCUCGCCUUUCUUGCCUGCCUUUUCUGCGCUUAGCCGAGCUCGAUUCUUGUCAGGGAUCAUGCCCCGGCUCGGAAUCUAGUGGCUCGCGACUGCGAUUUGUCGACGACCCAUUCUUCGCUUCUUCGGCUCUCUCGCUCGCCUCGAACGAAAGGUGCUCGGAACGGACAGAGCGAGGGAGGUAGAGGCAUCGAGAGAUCGAGAGACUGAGAGAUUGAGAGUAACGGGAUUGAAUUGAGUUUUUGUGCUGAGAGAGGGAGGGAGGGACGGGAGGAUGGCCCAUGCGGCGAUCUGUGGGUUGGGCGCUGCGGUGGCAGCGGCUCCUGCAGGUUCGAAUUUGGGAGCGAGGAAGGCGGUGACGGCGAGCAAUGGGGGCCAGAGCUUGGUGCCCGUCGUGGGGUUGGUGAAUCGGGUCCCGGAUUUUCACGUGAAGGCGAUGCGAUGGCAGCAGAGGCGGAAUUGUGUAUCGGGGGUGAGUGGCAGGCAACGCCGAUGGCAGGCACCCGUCGCCGCGCUCAAGGCAUUGACUGUUAACGAGGCUGAUUUCGAAGAGGAGGUUCUCAAAUCCAACAUUCCCGUGCUCGUUGAAUACUGGGCUACCUGGUGUGGACCUUGCAGGCUCAUGAGUAUGGUCAUGGACUGGGCUGCUCAGGAAUACGAAGGAAAGUUGAAAUGUGUGAAAAUCGAAACCGAUCCCAACGAGGCUUUGAAGGAGAAGUACAAGGUUUAUGGCCUGCCGACAAUAAUGCUGUUUGUGAACGGACAAGAAGUUCCCGGCAGCCGAAGAGAAGGUGCACUGCCGAAAGACAAACUCAAAAGUCUAGUUGCGGAAAUUCUUCCUUCUCUUGCCAACACCAAUUGAACGGAUCGCAUCUAGUUCGAGAAUUUUUCUGUACCAUAUCAUUUACUGAGAACCCGAUGGGACUCAACUCGGUUUAAGGUUCACUCAUGCUUGUUGAGCAAUUCCCAGUUUUGUUCACUUUUUGUAAAGUAGCCUGGCGAGACUUAUAAAGGAAUGUAUGAAGGACAUCAUCCUACUUAGCCUCCUCAUGGACUAGCUUGUCAAGGUAGUCUUAGCACAUGAAUGCUUCUCUUCUCUUCUCUUCCUGCUUGUUUGAUCUACAUCUUGAGUUUACCCACUUUGAAAGCAGCUGUUUCAUCAGUGGCCCCACUCCUCGAAGUUGCUGAGAGGUGAGAUGUUUGAUUACAAAAGUGGGGAAAGCCACAUAGCCACCUCUUUCAUUCACCUCGAGUCUUGGCAUGCACUCCCAGACUCAAGUAACGUUCAUGGAAUGGGUGUGAGCUACCUUAACUUAACCAUGAGCCUCUAUUCCGUUUGAUCGGACAGCUCGCGGUGAGCCUCGCUUACAGGAGAAUCCUUCUACUUCCAUAACUUGCGUCCAGGAAAUGAAUGGUGUUCGGUUGUAGACUUCAAUUGCUCUCCUGCAUUCCGCCCCUGCCCUGAAUAAAGCGAUGCACAGCUUCGAAUCCUGAAUUCAGCCUCCUCUGAGGGCCUUGCACAUUCCAGAUAUCAAG